AUGAGAGCGAUUUUGGCGUCUACAAGUGCAAAUAAUGUUAAACGCGGCAUUUUUUCUUUUGACAAAUCCCUACUUUCUAAACAUCGAAUUUGGUUAAUUGGUAUUGGAACUGGAAUUGGAGUGGGAAUUGGGGCUUAUUAUUUAUGGAAAAAGACUAGAGGGGGACGGACGCGUAAUGCUUUUCUUGUAUGGGCAGAACAAAAGAAAGCGCAAGGAAUUGAUGUUUACAAAGACAAACGAUACCAAGAAGCCAUACAAAUUUUUAAUGACAUAAUUCAAUCACUUUAUGACGAGCCAUCUAAAUUGAUAGGUCAGGUAUAUGAUGAAUUGGUGGCAGCAUGUGAAAAUAAUAUUGCGGCUUGUUAUGAUGCUUUGCUUGAUUCAAUUAAAUGCAUUGAACAUUGCACCAAAGCUAUUCAAUUAAAGCCUGAUUAUGCAAAGGCGCUUGUUCGUAGGGCAAGAUGUUUACAUCGUUUGGAAAGACCUUUGGAGGCACUUGAAGACUAUUUGGUUUCGCUUUCAUUGGAGCAAGGCUCUAUGCCUUCGCAACAAAUUGCGGUCAUUCAAAAUGACGUUGACAAACUUAUGAAUGAGAUUAGCGAGGUUGAAUGCAAUAAACUUUUAGAGGUAAUUUUUAUUUCUUUUAUUUUUACCGAAAUUUCAGUACAGAAUCGUGUAGGACAGCGACAGAAAAUUUCUCAAUCAGUUGUUGAACCUUGGCAGUUUUGCACUUCGAUUCAUGACCCGUUGUUGUUGAGGGCUGCUGGACUUCAUGAAAAAGCUAGCGAAGGAAGUUUGGAUGCUGCUUUGGUUGAAUUAAAACGUUGUAAUUACAACGAAAUUGUUUCGUUGUCGACAAAGGCCAUUGAAAACGACCAAAAUGAUAAUAUUGAAAAAGCACAAGCUGUACUUUUGGCUGCUCGUUUUCUUCAUUAUCAUGGGUUGGAGGAGGAAGCUGUGGCUAUGGCAGACAAAUUUAAGACUUUUUGGGAACAAUUAGAUGAAGCUCAGAAAUUGGCAAACAAAGAUUUGAAUGUUGCUCAAAUUGUGCUUGAAAUGACCUUAGAACGUAAUCAGACAGACGAAUCUGGAAUUGAUAAUGGAAAUGGAGAAAAUGUGACAUUAAAUGAGGCAAAACUUCAACGUUUAAAUCAAUUAGUUGAUGAGGCGCUUCGUAUUAAUCCUUUAAAUGUUGAUCCUUUGAUAUUUCUUGUUUCUACUUUUCUAAGAACUGAACAACUAGAAGAAGCAACAAAUGCUUUGGAGAAGGCAAAACAAUUGGAUAAGGAUCAUAAAUUUAUUAAAUAUUAUGAGACUUAUAUUAAUUUCGUAACGGCACUUCGUAGUGGAAAUACUGCAGAUAUUCAUAGACAUGUACUUGCUAUGGAAAAAAAUUUCAAGGAUUCCGAUAAUCCUCCAGUAUUUGCUCUAAUGAUGCAUGUCAAAAUUGGCAUUUUAUUGCAAAACAACGAAAUUGCUGUUGAAUCAAUUAAAAAAGCACUUGAAUUAAUGCCUAAUUGUUCUGCUGCUAUUUAUCUUUCUGGAGUUUUGGAACCUCCCCCGAGUGAGAGAAUGAGUCAAAAUAAUUUUGAGGCUUAUUUUCAAAAUAUGGAGAAGACAAUGAAUAAUGCAUUAGAAGCUGAUCCAAAUAAUUGGGAACCUUACAGGAUGCUUGCUAAAAUGCAACUUAAUAAGCAGAACAUUCAAGAGGCAAUCAAGUUUUAUGAUAAGGCAUUGGAACUUGCUCGCGGGAAGGACGAAAUUAAGAUCUUAAUGAAGGAAAAACUUUUUAUUGAAAUGGAAGAAAAGAGACGUAACAAUAAAAAACUUCCAAAACGACUUGCCACCGUUUAA